AUGACGAAGACGUCACCAAACUCGACCGACACUUUGCUUGGAACCGCAUCGUCGUGGAUGGAGCUGCUGAAUCAAAACACUGUGACGAUGGGAUAUGGCGGCUCGAAAACCUGCGCUACAGAUCGAGUUGGUGAGGCUACAGUACCGCAGUGCUCGAAGCAGAAAAAGCGACUACUCAAGAAGAUCAAGAAACGCCGAACGACGUACGAUAUCCGCAAGCAGCAGAGGGGUGACCUGGUCGCGGAGGUAACCAGGCUGGAGAAUCAGCUCGAGCUGCUCAAACACCGGAUACUCGAGGAGCAGGGGGCAGCAAAUACGACCAUUAAACGUACAGAACCAGCCAAUGCGGUGUUACGUGAAUGUGUUCAAGAGCAGCACGUGUCGAUCGCUGGGAUCCAGGGCAUGCUCGUCUCUCAAAUGCAGCAAAACUUGUCGACAUUGCACCCCACGCACGAUUUCAUCCAGCUGGGAGCCAACCGUUCAGAACGUCGCACUACCUUGGAGGCAAUGAAGAAUCACAAACUAAGGAACGCUAGGCGAUUCAUUACCGCGUGGAGUCGCGAGUUUGACACGAGAUCAGCCUUUUCGCAAGAAGACCGGUUCGAAUCCGCUGACGGUGGGUUUUCGGUGGUGCGGUUCGACAACGCACCACUCCCUGGCACUUCCGUGAAGGCUGCGUUUGACGCUAUCAUCUACGCGAUGCAAAACGUCGACAUCAUCAUCUCCGAGCUGUUCGGCAGCAUCACGAUCCGCUUUGUCGACAAUGCUGACGGAUGCCAUGGAAUCGUGGCUGCGGACUUCGUGGACUCCGACGAGCUGUAUCCCUACCUCCCAGCGGAGCGUGUUCGUCGAGACACGACCACGAUAGUGCCGGUCCAGUCUUCACAAAACCUUGUUGUCGGCACGCGGUGGACUUUAUCAAAACUCAUGAGCUCAGACCUCGAUAUCUCCCAAGAAGGGAUGAAUGAGCUGAAAGAAAUUUCCAUGACCUGGGGCGACACGAUCAAGAAGUGCAUUGUGCAGUACCUAGCGAAGGAUAAAACUGCAUAA